UUCCAAUUGGUUCUGCCCAUUUAUACUAUAUUACCAGAUUAUGAUGGACAAGAACCACCACAUACUUAUUAUGCAAAACUUAGAGCUAUAAAUGAAACAGCCAGACCUUUAGGUAUUGCCGCUUUUAAUACUGCAGAAAGAGCAAAUAUCAUGAAAAGUAAAAUAACAGGUAAAUAUCGAGAAACAAUGAUUGGAAAUCAACGAGCAUCUUUAAAAGCUCUUAUGAAUGAAAAAUUCACUUCAUUAGAUACAAUUGAUACUUAUGAAAAAAGAAUUAGACCUUAUGUAUUAGGUUUUAACGAUGCAGAAGUAUUGCUAUAUCUUUAUGAUCAUUUACCUUCUAGAUUAAAAACACGAAUCAGAAUAGCAAAUCCAAAUACUGUAAAUGACUUCAUUAUGCAAUUAAGAAUUAUUUGGUUAGAGUCUGGAGGACCAACAAGUAAUUUUGAAAAUGAAAACAAUAGUAUUUCUAUAAAUCAAUUUCCACAAAAAAAUAUUGCAUUAGAUUAUUUGGAUACUAUUGCUGAAAGAUUAGGUUAUUUAAAUUAUGGAUUACGAGAUCUUAAUGAUUUAAUAAAAUUUAUCGAUUAUGAAUUAUAUAAUAGAUUAGGACAUGCAAAUUAUAAUUUUAAAAAAGAACCUUUUGGUCAAGAUAGUAAAGUAAGUAUCAAAACUUCAAAAAAAGUAUAUAAUACAAAGAAGCCGGUAAAGAAGUUUGCAAAAAAACUGUCAAAGAAGCUUAUUAAAGUUACUUAUAAAUGCUCAAAUUGUGAAAAAAUUGGAUAUAGAAAAAAUAUGUGUCCCAGUCUUGUUAAAAAACUUAAAAAAGUUAAUAAUGUUUAUCAAAGCAAACCAGAAAAUUCAGAUGAUGAGGAGGAUCAGUUUGAUUUAUAUUAUGGUGAAAAGUAUACAGUCAAAGAACAAAAUAAGGACCAGACUUCAAACUCUUCAAGUCACAAAGAAACAUCUCAAUCAGAAAACCUUGACCAUUCUAUUACAUUAAAUUAUGCUAUUAAAGUAUAUCAAGGAGCACAAAUAAGACAAAAUUGGCCUAACCCUUUUGAAAUAGAUUUUCUUGAUAUAAAAGAAUCUAAUGAUGUAGCAAUGAUUUUAUGUAGAAUAGGUGACUUGAUAAUACCUUAUGCAAUUUUAGAUACCGGUGCAAAUGAUUCAUUAUAUACUGAUAAUAUUCCUGAGUAUUUAGAGAUAAAAAUAGAUAAGAAAAAUGUUCACAAACUUACUGGUGCAGUUGAAGAUUUCCAAUCUAUUGAUACUACAUAUAAUGUUCCUAUAAUUAUAGGCACUGAAGAAGAUUCUAUAACAGUUUCUGAAAAAGAAAUAUCUGCAAUCCCCACAAAAAAGGAUCGAAAUGGAAAAGACAUAUCUAUAAUGAUACUUGGUACAAAAUGGCAAUAUCGUGUUGGGUGGGAUCCAAUAGUGAAAGGAGAAUUCACAGCUACACACAAUGGAAAGACUAUUACAAUUCCUCUUUCUACUCGCAAAGAAUCACAUAAUGCAUUUAAUACAGAAAAAUUACAAGUAUCAGAGAUAAAAAAAAAUCAAUAA